AUUGUGCGCGUGCGCUGUUUACACACUCUUCAUUCUUUGGGCUGUUUCAUUUUUGUGUGUUUUUAUGAACAAAGGAGUAAAAUCGUGAAAAACAACUUUCACCCCAACGCUGGAGCUGGAGCGGAAAACAUGUCGGCACAGGGGGACUGUGAUUUUUUGGUGAAACGCGCGCGCGAGCUCGUGCCCAAAGACCCGUGGGCUGCUAAAGCCUGGCUGAUCAGCGCGCGCACUCUCUAUCCGGCUGACUUCAACAUACAGUAUGAGAUGUACAUGAUCGAGCGGAACGCAGAGAGGACCUCUUCAGCUGGCAGACUGCUCUACGACAUAUUUAUUAAUUUCCCGGAGCAACCAGUGGUGUGGCGCGAGAUCACCGUAAUCACAGCAGCGUUGAGGAAUGACAGCCAGGACAAGAAUGCACAGUUCCUCAAAGGUGUGUUUGAGACUCUCCCAGGCCCUGUGCAGUGUCAGAUGCUUUUGAAAGCAACUGAACAGUGUUUUAACACUCUGGAGAAAGCAGAGAUGCACCUGCUGCUUCUGAAGAGAUUUCCAGAAUCUGUGGUACAGCACGGGGUGAGUUUAGGAGAGUCUCUGCUGGAAGCGGAGAACAUGCAGGACUUGGACACACCGGUCAACUGUUACAGGAAACUGUUCGUAUGUGAUGUCCUGCCGUUGAUCAUUAAUAACAUGGAGAUGCGGCUUCCCGCCAGUCUGUUGCACAAGUACAUGCACAAAGCGGCCGAGUUUUACAUCGGCUAUGUGACACGGGGCCCCUGUGCAGACGCACAGUUACAGGGACCCCAGGAAGGGGGAGGGCUUAAGUCUCCCGGAAAGGGGCGGGGCCAGCGGGGCGUGAUUGAUGGCUUGUCGGAGAAGUCGUCCUUGGUGGCGGAGCCGUGGGCGAGGCUGCUGGAGAUUGUUGGGUUGGUGGGGCUGAGGUGUGAGUGGCAGGGAGAGAAGGGCACCAGGACAUACUUAGAGCUACUGCAGAGGGUGAAGGAGCUCUGCCGCUAUUUGCCUGGUCUGGAGGGCGAGACUUUUUCUCGUUGCUGCGCCCAAAUCGUCACCUGUUCCACACUAGUGCUCUUCCGGAGUGCACACUUCUAUAUCUCAACAGUGCAGCCCUCUCUCUUUCAGGGUCAUAACUCACUGGGGUCGACUCCAUGGGUUCUUGUGGAGGAUCUUUCGAAUGUCUUUAACGACAUCGAGCCCGAGAGACCGAGCGGUAAACAUGCGCACAAAAAACGCAAACUUGCAGACGGGCGAGAGAAAACCAUGAGUUCCGAUGACGAGGACGCUCUGGGGAAAGGACGCGGAAGACACAUUUUGGUCAAUAAGACUGAAAUGCCAGCUUGGACAGAGACACUAGAGCAUUUCAGGACGGCUAGAGAGAGCUGGGACCUUUUACACUCGCAUGAGACUCUGGAAUCAGAGUUCAACAAGAUCUGCGCAGCCUGGAAGACCGAAAGCUGGCUUUGGUUCCGGAUAUUUCUCACCGAUAUGAUCAUAUAUCAGGGUCAGUACAGAAAAGCUCUGUCCAGUUUAGUGCAGCUCUCGUCUCUUCAGCCCCAGCAGAGCCACGCGUCAGCCUCCACCCUGGAAACACACCGAGCCUUAAUCCAGCAAGCAUCCUGUCACUACGCACUCGGGGAGUACCGGCUGGCCUGUGAGAAGCUGUUGGAGGUAGUAAGUGGUCUUGUGCCUCAAAAUCAGGACGCAACCAAGUCCAGCGAGGAGCAGAUCCGAGGACGAAUCAAAGCUAAGAAAGGUAACGACUUGAGGCUUAUUCCCUGCACUAGCAAAGACGUUCUGCCUUUUUGCCUGCAGCUGAUGCUGGCCUGCUUCAAAUUGCGAGCGUUCGCAGACAGCAGCAGAGACGACCUGUCUCUAGGUCACGUGAUCGUCCUCUUGCAGCACGAUUGGCCGCAGGGUGAGACUCUCUUCCUGAAGGCGGUGGACAAAAUUUGCGACGUGGGGAGUUUUCAGUACGAGAACUUCUUCAACUACGUCACCAACAUUGACAUGUUAGAAGAGUUUGCAUACCUCCGUACGACAGAAGGUGGGCGGGUCCAACUAGAGUUAUUGCCCAAUCAGGGGAUGCUAAUUAAGCAUCACACUGUGACUCGUGGCAUUACCAAGGGUGUGAAAGAAGAUUUCCGGUUGGCCAUGGAGCGCCAAGUGUCUCGCUGCGGAGAAAAUCUCCUUGUCGUUCUACAUCGGUUCUGCAUUAACGAGAAAAUCAUCCUUAUCCAGUCCUUACCCUGAUCUUGUACAGCAAAAGGAGUAAAAUCUACCCAGAUAUUCCACCCAAUCUUUUAUAUUAACCUUUAUAAUUAACAGAUCUUCAGCAGCAUCCAAGGAUACUUUUGGAAUACAAUUCUAUUCUCUUGACAGAGAGCAAUGGAGUGGCACUUUAGUCUUUUAAUCUGUCCAGCUCUCUUCAGACACACACUUUCCUUAAACAGAUCAGCUUCAAGCUAAUAUCACUUUCAAUUCAGUCGAUCGCUAAUUAACGGAGCAGAUUUAUCUCAGCUGGCAUUGCAUCCUGGAACUUGGACACCAACUUUUGCUGUCUCCACCACAGCAACAUUGUAUUUGACAUUAAUAUGACAAAUUUGAUUUGUUAGGAGCUAAUGAACAAAAUCUAGCCAUUAUCUUAUGCAUGUUAUACACUUAUUUACUUUGAUUCAGGGAGACAUCUGCUAUGUUCCCGGAUUCUUAUUGAAUUUGCAACAUUUAAAAACGUAUUUUUCAAUUUGAAACUGUUUUCUAUUGACUUUUUGUAGCCUUUGUGAAUUGCCUAUGUUUAGAGUUACCUAUUUUGGAUACGUACAGUACAGAGACCUCAAACAUGCAUGUCUUACAUUUAACAGGGUAAUAGAAUCUGGUAUGUUUCCCUGUCUGGUAUAGUUCCCUGUUUGUGAAAUUGCAUAUUGCAAAAUAGCUAAUAGGUUGCACUGGUUGCAUCCUGUACUAUAAAGAAUCCCUCAGUGUUCUUAAGGUAUUUAUGUCCAAGUCAUUAUUUUGGCAUCUAAUAUCUAAGACUUGCCUGAAUAUCUAAAAUAUGAUUUGUUUAAACUGUACUUAAUUUGGCAACCGUUGAGAUCAGACUUUGAAAUCACAGGGGAAAAAAAUCCCUGGUACAUAAUAUAUAAUGUACCACUGAAAUAAUCUUGGACUCGAACAUAUCGUGUACAGUAAAUGUCUUUAAUUUAAGUUAAGCUUUCAGAAUUUUUUAUUUUUUUUUUACUUUUUAUUUGAGUGUUUAUUCUUGCAUACUUUAAAUUGUUGUAUACCGUGUGAAUUUGAAACUUAGCAGAAAUAAAUCGGUUUUGAAUUUAA